UGAAUCCAACAAAUACCAUCAACAUUUAACAAAAUGGAACGUGUUGUGCUGGUUUCAUUUCAAUUUUCAGCAUCCAUCUAUGUCGCUUGUCGCACGGCGGUGGCAGGGAGGGAGCUCAAUUGGUGGAGGGGAAGGACUCAGUUCAGUAAAAGGACAAGCGACAAAUCCCAAAAAGGUACAGAAGAAAAGUCGAGCCGUCGGAGAUUCUCCUCGGAAGUAGCGAAGCUGCGAAGGGAAGCAACUUUUCCCACCACCGGCUCCGCUACACGAAACAAAGCGAGCAGCUAGAAUCCACCGGCGCCGCCGCCUAUCGAAGGAUGCGGAUCGUCGAUUCAGCCGCCAUCAUCGUCGCUGUCCGAGUCUCCUAUGGUCGCUCGUUAGUUACCAAUCCAUCCCUCCGUUGUUGAGAGACUAAUAACAAACAGGGAGUAGGUCAAACAUCAAACAAGGCUUGCAGCAGGGACUGGAUUGGAGGGAGAAAAAAAAAAAAAGAUUUCAAUGGGGUGCUUUCACUCCAAAACCUUCCAUCUGCUUUCUCCUGAUAGUAAGCAGCAGGAACCGCUUCCAUUUCCAGAAGACCCGAAGCAACUCGCUACUAAUCCCGAUCCGUCCAUCACCGGCGAUCAACUUGACAUCCCAGUAUUCCGCGAGUUCCCUCUUAACGAGCUUCGUGCCGCCGCCAAUGGGUUCAGCUCCGAAUUCAUCGUCUCUGAGAGCGGUGAAAAGGCUCCCAAUGUUGUGUAUCGAGGCAAGCUUAAUGACAAUCGCCUUGUUGCAAUCAAGCGCUUCUCCAACCUUUCCUGGCCAGAUCCUCAGCAGUUCCUGAGUGAAGCUUCUAUGGUUGGGAAAGUACGGCAUAAGAGAUUGGUUAACUUAAUCGGGUGUUGUGCUGAGGGUGAUGAACGUUUGCUGGUUGCUGAGUACAUGCCUAAUGAUACCCUUUCCAAGCAUCUCUUCCAUUGGGAAAAACAGCCUUUGCCCUGGGAAAUGCGGGUCAGAAUUGCCUACUACAUUGCUCAAGUGCUGGAUCAUUGUGACACUCAGGACCGCAAAAUCUACCACGAUUUGAAUGCCUAUAGAGUUCUUUUUGAUGAGGAAGGUGAUCCUCGGUUGUCUAGUUUUGGCCUCAUGAAAAAUAGCAGAGAUGGGAAGAGUUACAGCACAAACUUGGCUUAUACCCCGCCUGAAUUUUUGAGGACAGGAAGGGUCAUCCCUGAAAGCGUAAUAUACAGCUUCGGAACUGUUCUGCUGGACCUUUUGAGCGGGAAACAUAUCCCUCCAAGCCAUGCACUGGAUUUAAUCAGGGGGAAAAAUUUGCUGUUGUUGAUGGAUUCAUCCUUGGAGGGACAGUAUGCAAAUGAAGAUGCAGCUGUGUUGGUUGAACUGGCCUCUAAGUGUUUACAGUAUGAGGCUAAGGAUCGGCCUGUUGUCAAGUAUCUUCUUACUGCAGUAGAACCACUCCAGAAGCAGAAAGAGGUUUCAUCUCAUACGCUGAUGGGACUAUCAAAAACUCCGGUGCCACUUCCAAUUUUGCUUUCACCACUGGGGAAGGCUUGUGUAAGGAUGGAUCUCUCAGCAGUGCACGAGGUCUUGCUUAAAACAGGAUAUAGAGAUGAAGAAGGAGCGGAAAAUGAGCUGUCGUUUCAAGAAUGGACCCAGCAAGUGCAAGACAUGCUGAACACAAAGAAGUUUGGUGAUAUUGCUUUCAGAGACAAGGAUUUUAAUAAUGCUAUCGAUAACUACACAAAGCUGGUGUCGUUGAUGUCGGUUCCUUCAGGAACCGUGUUUGUGAGGCGAGCAUUGUCCUACUUAAUGGUAGAACAAGCAGAACUUGCGCUGAGAGAUGCAAUGCAGGCACAAGUCUGCUUGCCCGAGUGGCCAACAGCGUUCUACAUGCAAGCGCUCGCGCUGUCAAAGCUCGGCAUGGAGAGUGACGCUCAGGACAUGCUGAAUGACGGAGCCAACUUUGAAGCGAAGAAGCAAAAUAGCUGGCGCCAUCCGAGUUAAGAUCAUGGUUUCGCUGAUCGCAACUAGUGGUCUCUGCGCAAUGUAGGCGGCGGAAGAGAUAGAAGCAUGAGCAAGGUCUAUUUCCACAUGCUUAGGAAAAGAAGAGUUCAUUAGGUUAACCCUUGGGAGGGUUUGUAAGUUUCUUUUUGGCAGUCUACCCUGGCUUAGUGUUAGGUAGCAGCUAGCAGAAGUUAUGUUGUUGUUGUUGUUGUUGUUGUCAGUCUUUUGGGUUUGUUUUUCCACACAACGAUUAAGAGUUGUACAAUCAUGAGAUCAAUGUUGAGUAGACAUCAAGUAAUGAGACGGCAGAGGAAGGUUCGAUUGAUAAAAUUUGAAAUUAGGGACUCCUUUAAGGCUUUAUUAGUACUGGAAAGACGAAAUGACUAACUAGUGAAGUAUUGAAGAAUUAUAGAAGUUCAAGGACAUUGUCCAUUUGUUCAUUUAACCUCACAAUCUACUAUUUAUGUAACCUAAUUGCAUAAAUGUGUUACUUGUCCUUGGUAGUAGGUGGCUAUAAGGUUGCAGUUUCGUGAUAAACCCACUAACCGCAUCAAAUCUGCACGGAUUGUAGUUAACUGCAAAUCGAAUAAGAAGGCUUUUAUGUGGUAGCAGUUAGUGAGUGAUGUUAACAGUUUUGCUGUUGUGAUUAAAAAUACUUGAAUCUAACAAAUGACAUCAACAUUUCACUUUAAAAUUUACGAAAUAAAUCACAUUAUUUUUUUUAUUAAUGAACUUCACUAAAAACGACAUCAAUUUGUUUAUAGGCCAAAAAAUCAAUCCAACUGCAAGAGCAGGUUUUAAUAUCUAAGAUAGAUAUUUAUUUGUGAGCUAAAUAGUGCAAUCAAUCCAUCAACGAAAAGAAUGGUAGUAAAUGAAUGUUUGGACUGGAUAUAGAAGUGAUGAUGAACAAAGUACGGCUAACUUGCAGUCAAUUGCUUAGAUCAGAGGAGGAAUUCAUUGGCUGUCCUAGAGAUAUGGAGAUCAUGAAUGAGUUUAACAGUUUGAUCAGGAGAUGCAAUUUUGUGGAUCUUUCGUUGCAAGGGGCCAGAUACACUUGGAAUAGAGGAGGUAUGGUGAAGUCGUCUUCUCGUAUUGAUAGAGCCCUAAUUAAUCUGAGUUUUGAAGAUCUUUUAUCUCAAAAGGCUCUGAUUGCUCUUGAUCGAGUUGAGUCGGAUCAUAAUCCGAUCCUACUACAGUGGGGUACAAUUGAUCGUUUCAUUCACCCUUGAAGGUUUGAAAAUAUGUUGUUUCAAGAAGACUCAUUUUUGCAGAGCCUGGUGGGGUGGUGGUGCGUCCCUGUCAAUGGGACUAUCUACCUGUUCAGAUUUGGGCAGAAGUGUAGGCAAACCAAAUUAAUGAUCAAGCAAUGAAAUCGAGAUCAUUUUGGGAAAGUAGAGAAGCGAAUUGUUGAUCUUCUUUUCAGAAUAAAAAAGUAUUGAUGAUGCUGAAGAGAUUGAACAGAUUAAUCCUUUGCUAUUGUCUGAGACAGCUAUCCUUAAGUGUGAACUUGAGAAGGUCUUAAUCAUGGAGGAGAUAUUUUGGCGGCAGCAUUCCAGAGAAGUGUGGCUUCAUGUAGGAGACAAAAAUACUGGCUUCUUUCAUAGAGUGGCUAAGUUCAAUAGAAGGAAAAACAAAAUUAAGAGAUUGGUGAAUGAGAUUAAGAUAGCCUUCCAAAAUCAUUUCUAUGCUAAGGUCGUUGAGAUUGAAGAUGAUAGGCCUUUCCCAGCCAGAUACAUGACUUGUUUGUUCUCUCCAAAGGAAAAUGAAUCACUAGUGAAGCC